GUCUGCGCCACAGCCCGGCCCGGGGAAGCGGCGGCGCCAGCGACUCGGCCCCGGCAGCGGCGUCCGGCGGCCGUGCCCUGCUGCGCCCGCCCGCCCGCAACAUGUUCAACGUGGAGAGCCUGGAGCGCGCCGAGCUCGGGGAGAGUCUGCUCACCUGGAUCCAGACAUUUAAUGUUGAAGCACCAUGCCAGACUGUGGAAGAUUUAACGAAUGGGGUUGUGAUGGCCCAGGUGCUUCAAAAGAUAGAUCCAGCAUACUUUGAUGAUAACUGGUUAAGCAGAAUCAAAACAGAAGUAGGAGACAAUUGGAGGCUAAAGAUAAGCAAUCUGAAGAAAAUUUUAAAAGGAAUAUUGGAUUACAAUCAUGAGAUUUUAGGGCAGCAGAUUAAUGACUUUACCCUUCCUGAUGUUAACCUGAUUGGAGAGCACUCAGAUGUUGCAGAGCUUGGAAGAAUGCUUCAGCUCAUUUUGGGAUGUGCUGUGAAUUGUGAGCAGAAGCAAGAGUACAUCCAGACCAUCAUGAUGAUGGAGGAGUCUGUUCAACAUGUUGUCAUGACAGCUAUUCAGGAGUUGAUGAGUAAAGAAUCUCCAGUCUCUGUUGGAAAUGAUGCUUACGUUGACCUUGAUCGUCAGUUGAAGAAAACAACAGAAGAAUUAAAUGAAGCUUUAGCAACAAAAGAAGAAAUUGCUCAGAGGUGCCAUGAAUUAGAUAUGCAGGUUGCAGCACUUCAAGAGGAGAAAAGUAGUUUACUAGCUGAGAACCAGAUCCUGAUGGAACGUUUGAACCAAUCUGAUUCUAUAGAAGAUCCCAACAGCCCUGCAGGGCGUAGGCACCUGCAACUGCAGACACAGUUAGAACAGCUCCAGGAGGAAACAUUUAGGCUAGAGGCUGCCAAAGAUGAUUAUCGAAUACGUUGUGAAGAGCUGGAAAAAGAAAUUGCAGAAUUGCGACAGCAGAAUGAAGAGCUAACCACUUUAGCAGAAGAGGCUCAGUCUUUGAAGGAUGAGAUGGAUGUACUUAGGCAUUCCUCUGAUAAAGUGGCUAAGUUAGAAAGCCAGGUAGAGUCAUACAAAAAGAAGCUGGAAGAUCUUGGUGAUCUGCGGCGGCAAGUGAAACUCUUAGAGGAGAAGAACACUAUGUAUAUGCAAAACACUGUAAGCUUGGAGGAAGAACUCAGGAAAGCCAAUGCAGCGCGUAGCCAGCUGGAAACUUACAAGAGACAGGUAGUUGAACUACAAAACAGAUUAUCUGAAGAAUCAAAGAAAGCAGAUAAAUUAGAAUUUGAAUACAAACUGCUGAAAGAAAAAGUAGACAGCCUCCAAAAAGAAAAAGAUAGGUUAAGAACGGAAAGAGAUUCCCUAAAAGAAACUAUCGAAGAGCUUCGAUGUGUACAAGCACAAGAAGGGCAGCUCACCACUUCAGGAUUGAUGCCACUGGGAAGCCAGGAGUCUUCAGACAGUCUAGCAGCAGAAAUUGUUACUCCUGAAAUCAAGGAGAAACUCAUUCGUCUUCAGCAUGAGAACAAGAUGCUGAAGCUUAACCAAGAAGGUUCCGACAAUGAAAAGAUUGCCUUGUUGCAGAGCCUGCUAGAUGAUGCAAAUCUACGAAAGAAUGAACUAGAGACAGAGAACAGGCUGGUAAAUCAGAGACUUCUGGAGGUGCAGUCACAGGUUGAAGAAUUGCAAAAAUCUUUGCAGGAGCAAGGUUCAAAAGCUGAAGAUUCAGUUCUUCUGAAAAAGAAGCUUGAAGAACAUCUAGAGAAGCUGCAUGAGGCUAACAAUGAAAUACAGAGGAAACGAGCUAUUAUUGAAGAUUUGGAACCAAGAUAUAACAGCAGUUCACUCAAAAUUGAAGAAUUGCAAGAAGCUUUACGGAAAAAAGAGGAAGAAAUGAAGCAAAUGGAGGAACGAUACAAAAAGUACUUGGAAAAGGCCAAGAGUGUUAUCCGUACUUUAGAUCCUAAACAAAACCAGGGCACAGCUCCUGAGAUUCAGGCUCUGAAAAAUCAACUGCAGGAACGGGACCGAAUGUUUCAUUCAUUAGAGAAAAAAUAUGAGAAAACAAAGGCUCAAAGAGAGAUGGAGGAGAAAUUUAUUGUGAGUGCCUGGUACAAUAUGGGAAUGACUCUGCAUAAAAAAGCUGCAGAAGAUAGACUGGCUAGUACAGGCUCCGGACAGUCCUUCCUGGCUAGACAAAGGCAAGCCACCAGCACAAGGAGAUCUUACCCUGGGCAUGUCCAACCAGCUACAGCAAGGUAGAGAAGCCUGGCCUUUAGAAAGGAAUCAGCCCUGUGAUCCAGGCAUACUUUGUUCCACGUGACGUUUCAGGAAAUGCAACUAGCAUCCUUUCUCUAUCUUUAUUCCUUGUUACCACUGUUAUUUCUCAUUUCAGGAAGGGGUUUUAUUAUGAUUUCUCAUUGUUUUAAUGCCCUUCAUUCUUAUUUUUUUUGGAGUCGUCAUCUUUCUUUCUCUUUAAAUGUGCCAAAAUUUUGAAAACAUCCAGAGGAGCGCUGUAUUAUAAUGGAGUUUUUUAAAUUUGUAUGAAGUUGUCAUCUCUUACCUAAUGUCUGACAUAGGCUAUGUAGCACACAUAAAUUUUCUGUCACAAAUGCUAUACAUGUACCUACGUGUUACUAUCCUUUAUAACUCUCUUCAUUGAAAGGGAAUUAGUCUCCUUUUUACUAUGUAGUAAUCAAUGUUUAAAAUUGCUGAAAAUCCUUUAUAGGAAAUGCAAAAUUGCUGCAUAAAAUUGUUAUAAAACAUAUUUCCUGGGGGGGGGGGGGGCGGGAAAAACACCGCCACCGUAGACAUUAGUAUAGGUGCUAACCUAGCUACAUCCUGUGACACCUGCUGUGGAAUGUUUACAGAACAAAAAUGAGUUUCUCCUUUCAUGUGUAGAGGUUGCUCCUGUUCUUGGCAUUUGGCAUUUAAUAGGGAAGUAGGAUGAUUUGGAGACCAUUCUUUCAUUCUUUUUCUCUUAAAAGGCUUCAGAUCUGCUUUUAUUUCUCCACUGGUAUUGUCUAUUGUUUGCUGCCACCGGUGAAAUGUUUCAGAUUGUUCUCCCCACUCUGGUUGGUUGAGUAUAUCCAAAAAGAAAAAUCAAGAACUAUUUGGAAUGCUUUAAUGUGCUUACAGCAUCGUUGGUUUAAAAGAAGGCAUUUAUUUUAAAGCUUUGUAAUGAUGGACUAACCAUACAUCAAGGAUCAAGGCCCAGCUAAAUAUUGUUGAGGUUAAUGUAUUCAAAUGGUCAUCAAUCACUGAAAGACUUAUUUUUAAUAUGUUAAUUAGGAGGAUGAUUAUAUCAAUUGCCUUACUAAUGACAGAGGGGGCGGGAGGAGGGAUAGCUCAGUGGUUUGAGCAUUGGCCUGCUAAACCCAGGGUUGUGAGUUCAAUCCUUGA